UUCAUAUAUGGUUAAUCAGAUUAGCGGAUUAGGACACAUAUACAGAUUACUUUAAAACCCAAGAUGAAGAAGGAAUGCAUUUUAAAAAUCCGUCCCAGUGUGCCAGAAAGACAAAAAGGAUUUUUGAACGCACAGAAGGUGGCUCCUUUGGGCAUUGGAAAUGCCUGUCAUCAAUAUUGAAGAUCUAACAGAAAAGGAUAAGCUCAAAAUGGAGGUAGACCAGCUUAAAAAAGAAGUCAAACUUGAACGGGCCAUGGUUUCUAAAUGUUGUGAAGAAAUAAAGGAUUACAUUGAAGCUGGUGCUGCAGAAGACCCUCUUGUCAAAGGAAUUCCAGAAGAUAAAAACCCAUUCAAGGAAAAAGGGGGUUGUAUUAUUGCUUAAGUUUCACAUGCUUUGCUGAAUGUUGCUUUUCAAAAUGCUACAAUUGAUGUGAAUUCAGGUAUCAAGGAUGAAAUCAAAUUGGAAUGAAGCUAUUCAGUGUAUGCAUAAUUAAAAUAUUGUAUAAAAUAUUUUGCAAAGAGAAUAAAUAAUGGCAAAAAAGUA